UGUCAACAGCCACUGAGACUGACGUAAGCUAGCGGAGGCAGAGGGACUGGCACGGAGCAGAGCAAGCCUCUCAGCAGACAAUUGGAACAGGAAGCAAGGAAGGAAAGGGUCUUUCACCGGGAGGAAGACUGGCAAACUCACUGGGAUUGUGACAAGACAGCCACACAGUAGCUCCAGAGACCACCCAUUGUCAGCUGAAGACCAGAAGAUGAACAGCACCUUGUCUGACACUUCCAUCGAUUGUGUUAUGGAUACCAGAGUAGCAUCACUGGUUUUUCCCUGUCUAUACAGUAUCCUUUUUAUAGUUGCUCUGAUACUAAACUCCCUGGCUGCAUGGAUCUUCUUCACCAUCCCCAGCACCUCAACAUUUGUUGUAUUUCUAAAAAAUGUGGUGGUGGCUGACUUGCUGAUGACCCUGACCAUCCCUGUGAAAGUCUUAAGUGAUGCAGGUGUGGGUUCCUGGCAUCUGCGCGCCUUUCAUUGUCAAUACUCUGCUGUUCUCUUCUACAUCACUAUGUACAUCAGCAUCCUGUUACUGGGCCUCAUCAGCUUGGACCGCUACCUGAAGAUCGUCAGACCCUUUGGGAAGUGUGCCCUACAGCGGGUUCAAGUUGGCCAGGUGAUGAGUGCAGCUGUUUGGGUGGUAAUGUUAUCCUUGGCAUUACCCAAUGUCAUUCUCAGCAAUAAGCCACCACAAAUCACUGGAGACAAAGUCAAGUGCUCCUCCAUGAAGGGCAACGCUGGUCUGCUGUGGCACGAGGGAUUCAACUACUUCUGUCAGGUUGUUUUUUGGGGCACAUUUGCCUUGAUGGUGAUUUGCUACACAUUCAUCAGCAAGAAAGUCUAUGAGUCAUACAAAGCCUCAAAGAGCCGAUCCCAGGCUGCCAGUCGCAAAACCAAAGCAAAGGUCUUUGUGGUGGUGGGAGUAUUUUUUAUCUGUUUUGCCCCCUUUCACUUUGCUCGUGUUCCUUACACGCUGACCCAAACACGCAGCAUGCAAAGUCAUUGCCAGGCAAAGAACGCACUCUACAUCGCCAAGGAAACCACACUGUGGCUUUCAGCAACUAAUAUAUGUCUGGACCCGCUUAUCUAUGUCUUCCUGUGCAAGGUGUUCAGGAGAAGACUUACAGCCGCAUUCUGCAAAGCUACCAUUGAAUCUCCCACAGCAACGUCAACACAACUGGAAAUGACACAAAUAGAUCACAGUGUCAAGCCCUCCUAUAACGGCACGCUACAAACCAGACAAAGCACAAUCAGAAACAGUAAGUAACUGCCGAAUUCAAGGCAGCGAAUUUAAUGUACCUGUAAAUAUUAAUUUGUCAAAAUGGCAGUGGUUGUAAAGAAUCUUCAAAAAGGAACCAUAAGUUUAUUCAAAUUAAAGAACAAUGCUGUAUAAAUGCUGAGAAGUUUGACUUGUUUUGCAGUUGUCAUUAAGUUUCAUGCACACCACAAAUUCUAUUUUCUGUAACAAACUACUUCUGCCCAGUAUUUGCUAACUCAUUCAUCACAUUUCCCUAAUUGUGCUUACUGUCAUUUCUUACAUCCUGCUCUCUAAUCUCUUUCAAACUGCACUUUCCCUUUACAAAGCAUAUAAAAAACCAUCUUGACAGCACACUUUCCCAAACUUUACUCUGAACAGGAACUAAAUGACAUGUGCUGGGAAUAAGCGUGGGCAUUCAACAUGAGCAUUGAAUGAUAACGAGCUAGUACUGGAAGCAAAGACAGUAACAAAAGUAAUCAGUUUACAUCAGUCUGAAGCAUUUCAGUACAUGAAUUGAGGUGAUUUGUUUUUUGUUUUUUUUUAAUGUAGGCUAUUUAAUUUUGGUUUUCUCAAAGAAAUCUCUGACGUAGAUGAUUAUGCAUAUAUGUAUCACUGUAAUAACAAUUCUCAUCAUCAGCAGCAGCAGCAUUAUAAUGAUAAAUAUAUAAGGACAUGAUCAGUGUGUCUACUUUGUUGAUGUCACUUUUGAUUGUCAGGUUUUGGAUGUGUGAAACACACAUUCAGAGGAGGAGAGAGUAUUCACAGCCAUCUAGUGGACUAUAAAACCUUAUAAAUAUUGUUUUCUUAAUAUUUAAAUAAAGCCCUGCAUCAAAAUAAUGCAAAAGUAGAAUAAUGUAUUACCACAAAAAUGUGCAUAAAUUAAUACAUAAAAGCAUAAAAAUGUCUCGUGUGACUUUACUUUGUCCUAUUCUUCUGUUCAAUGAGCUUAUUUUGACAUGUUUUGUAUAAACCACAAUAUGUUUCAUUUUCAAAUUGACAUAAAGUUUCUUAUUUUGGGGUGUGUCUGUACAAAAUUUGAUUAGUAAAGAAAUUAAUUUAGUUACUGACAAAUGUAAUUAAGUCAAAUGUGCAAUAGUUUCCUGUAGCAGAAAGAGCACUUUAGGACAUGCAGAUUGAAGUGAUGCUCGUAUAAGGCAAACAUUAUAACACGUUUUUUCCAUUUUAAACUAAUAAAUAUGAGGUUUAAUUUGAAUGAUGGCCGAACAGAUGCAACAAUAUCUGCCCAUAUCAAUAAAAAAGCAUACAAACAACUUGUUAGGUAUAUUUUUGUUUUGUUUGUUUAUUUUACCAUUAACUUUUUAUUACCUUACAUUUAACUUUUUAAUUCAUCAUCAUAAAUUCUUAUACCCUGUGUAUAAAUCCCUUCUGAACAAAGAAAAAGGAAUAAAAAUGCUUGGAUUCAUGUUUGUCUUGUAAACUAAACUCUAGACAAACAGACAAACAGUCUGUGACAAAGACUUGAUUAUUGAACACAUCAUCUCUUAAUUUCUUCAUGCGUUUUAUUACUCUGAACUGUUACUUAUUCAUUUUAUCAGUGUUGAAAUUUUAUGUAAAGCUUGUGUAAAUUCAUGAUUAUGCUUAUUAAACUGCUGUUUAACA